AUGGAGAAAGAUUCAUUUCACUUCGGCUGUAUGAUGCUCUUCCUUACGAUCGUUGCUUCGCACUCUCUUGCUUCAACCCGGCCACGUUGCCAUGAAGACGAGAGAUCUGCGCUGUUGGAGUUCAAGGCAACCGUCUUCACCAGAGGCUAUCCGUGUUUCUAUGCCGAUCCAGAUAAGCCACCAAAGAUUGAAUCCUGGAACGCAACGACAGGGGAAACUCAAAGCGACUGCUGCUCUUGGGCUGGUGUUGAGUGCGAUAAGGUAAGCGGUCACGUGAUCGGCCUCGACCUCAGUUGCAGUUGUCUCUCCAGUGAAAUCAACUCCAACACCAGCAUUUUCCGCCUUCAUCGCCUAAGAAGCCUUAACCUCGCCUCAAAUGACUUCGAUUAUCAGAUUCCUUCGGCAAUUGGAAAUCUUGGUUCCUUGAGGGACUUGAACCUCUCCUCCUCCGGCUUCAUGGGUCACAUCCCUAAUUCGUUCAGUAACUUGACCCAACUUGUCCAUCUAGAUCUCUCAACUCUUGGGCUGACAGGCACAACAGCGCCCCUGGAAAACCUGACUCUACUUACUCACUUAGACUUGAGAGGGUUAGAUCAGUUUGGAGGUGAAAUCCCAUCUUCUUUUGGACGUCUUGCUCAACUGGAGCAUCUGAAUCUAGCCAUUAAUUCUUUGACGGGUGAAGUUCCAUCUUUCUUGGGAAAUCUUGUCCACCUUAAGUAUUUAAGUCCGGCGGGCAAUAUGUUAACUGGGCGAAUUCCUCCCUCUCUAGGGAACCUUGUCCAACUUACUAGUUUAGAUUUAAGCUUGAACCAGUUGACUGCCGAAAUCCCGUCUUCCAUUGGAAACCUGGUUCAACUUACCGACUUAAAUCUUGGAUAA